CCCUCUCCAACUUGGCACACUAGAGAGUAGAGACCAGAACACAAGCUCAGCGCAGGGCCACCUGCAAGCCACAGACUGAUAGGAAAGAGGACAGGAGAGGAAGAAGAUGAGCAGAGGAGGGAGCAGCGGGGGUGGCCGGAGCUCUCUCAGCUACCUCUUCGAGCCGGAGGAAACCAUCCUGUAUCGCACUCACACGACGGCCAAAUCCAACCUGGAAACCAAGAAGUCUCCAGAUACUAACAGCAGCAGUGUCAAGGAUGACAACAAGGCGAUCGGAGCUGAAGCAGUUCAUUCUCCUCCCAAGAGAGAAGUCUCCAACCCCAUACUCUCGUCUCAUAAACCUCCUUGCAACAUCUACCAUACCAGCCAGUUAAGCCACAACAACUCUGGGCUUCUUAUCACUGACCGACCUUCGACGAGGGUACGCUGUGCACCAGGAGGAGCGUCCUCGCUUGGGUUUCUGUUCGGAGAGGAGCAUGAGAAAUAAUAGACGAUCUCAGUCUAAUCUACAAGAGAGUUUGGCUGCAUGCGUAUGCACCGCUGUUGUUGGGUUUCAUAACAGUUACUGGAACGGCGAUCUGAUUUACAGAGAGUGGCUGUAGCAUAUGUAAAUUAUGCGUGCUUGUGUUUCGACAGUCUGUGUUCCGCUUUUUACCUCGUGUGUAUAUUUAUGCAUGUUCGUAUUUAUUUUGGUCACAAAUAUUUGAUGUAACUUUGUUGCUGCCCAGGUAUAUAAGUCCUAUAUAUAUUGAAAACUGAAUGGAUAUUUAAAAAGGCUACUA